GUGUAUGUUGUCUCUUUCUCUUCUCUAGUAUGAUCUUACAAUUAUUUAUGCUUCUCUCGUAUUUUCCAAUUUUCUACCUCUAAUUUAUAGGUCUUAAAUUUAGCCCAGUCAUGUCACUUGGAAGAAAAUAGCUUAAGUAUACAGCCAUGUCUUGGUUAGAGAAAUAGCUCCUGGAUAUGUCAAGGCCAGAAAAUCCGGUGUCACCGUGAGGGCAUCCAGUGACAGAAAGGGCCCACUUUCUUCAUCCACUUUGUGUUGCUAUAAAGGAAUACCUGAGACUGGAUCAUUUAUUUUAGAAAAGAAGUUUACGGCUUGAGAAUGCCGUAGCGUGCUCAGCAGGAAGUACUUCCCCCAGCGGAAGCUGCCGAGCCUGAGAGAGCGGAAGUGCCUCCGCUUUGGGUCUCUCUGGUCUCCGCAGAAGCGAGAUGGUAAAGGGAACGUCGUCGUUUGGAAAGCGUCUCGAUGAGAGGAACCAGUUGUGCCACCGCUGUGGCUCUGAGGCCUACCACCUUCAGAAGUGGACCUGUGGCAAAUGUGGCCACCCCGCCAAGCGCAAGAGAAAGUACAACUGGAGUGCCGAGGCUGGAAGACGAAGUACCGCCGGGACUGGUCACCCGAGGCACCUCAGGGUUGUAUACGGCAGAUCCAGCAUGGAAUCCGUGAAGGAACAACACCUCAACCCACAAGGGCAGCUGCUGCGGCAGCCCGUGCAUGACUCUCCUCCUUGGCUAGUAAUUUGGAAACCGAAUAGGAGAUGAGUUCCUCUGUGGUUUUUCACCUUCAGGGAUAAAGAGUCCUGCCAUCCGGCCGCUGGAGCUCUGCUCCCAUAAGUUGCCUGUUAAGAGCCCAGGUGUGGCCUGUUCUUGCUAUGCCUUGCCCUCUUAUGGGCACACUGCCUCUCUUAUCUCUCAUGGUGUCAUUCGGAUCCAGUCACCUGGCCUGUUUUUACACUCUGGACACCACACACUACCUGCUGGAUGGACUGUUUUCCAACAUUGUAGCUACAGCUGCUCCCAAUAUCUGCUCCACAGAAAUGGUGGUUAAUUUCUAGGCCACUGUAUCUCUUGAUAUGGACAACGUGACCACUGCCAGACUCUCUUUCCAAAUACUUCAUUUGCCUUGGAACAAAAAGAUUUUCACAGCAGAGCAAGACAAGGCGGAUAAUAGACAUUUUGUUUUAUGAUCAAGGAAACUGAGACUCAAAAUGGUCAGCUUACUUGCCCAGUGCUACUUUGACUUUAAGCAGUGAGAUGGGCCAGAGCUCAGACAUUUUGACACCUUCUCUAGUGGUGUUUCAUUAUGUCAAAAGGGCAGGAAGAAGUCUCAUUUUUGGUAUUCCUUCACAAACAUUAUACCACAUCUCAUUCAUAAUAUGUGCUCAAUUAAUUUGCUCAUUAAUUAAAAAGUAUGUGACAUUUAAAAAUUGGGUAAUUUUGGAAAAACUCAAGAUCAGAAUUUAAACAUUUCAACUGGGAGGAGUGAGAAAUAAACUCAUGAUGAAGACAAAUCUUAAUUUUUACUUCUUUUUUUUCUUUAUCAACUCUCUGACAUUAGUAUGGAAUUUCUAAUUAGCAGAGAAAGCCACAAAAUGGACGAAAGGAUAGUGAAAGUGAAGCAUAAUUCAUUAAUGAGGGCACUGUGCUGUAAAUAGUUGAGAGCUGAUCACAAACAAGAAGAUAUUUCUUUAAAACUUGUCAUUUGGGGUAAGAUUUCCCAAACUAUUUUACUCUUUUUUAUGCAGCUUAUAUCAAUCUUAAAUCAAUUAUCUCCUAAAAUGCCAAUGUAGCAUUGUGAACAACAUAAUCCCUUUAACAUUGUUCUCAUGUCUGUACUUGCCCCUGUGUCCCUUAGAAUUCUUUCACACAAUAAAAGCCUCAAAUUAAUAAAGUGCUUCUCUUAGAAAAUUAAAAUGCUUUCUCCAUGUUACCAUUUAAUUACAUCUCAAAGCAUUCCUCUGUGAAGUGGGUGUGUGUGUUAGGAAGAGGAAUUAGUCUUUCCCAUUAUGCCACAUAGGAAACAGCUUGGAAGAGUAGUUCCAUCCACAGGGGAACUUGAUGCUAAUUCAUUCUGGUUCAAUGUUGUUGACUGGGUUCUUCUAGUAUACCCAGUGUUUCAAACAGAAUCACGCUAAUGCACUCAUUCACCCAGUAAAUCAGCACAUAAUUACUGGAUGCCUACUACAUAUCAGAUUCUGUUCUAGACAUUGAGGAUAUGGCAGUGUGAACAGAAGAAGAAAAAUCUCUAACCUUAUGGAACUCAAUUUUUCUAGGCUUAUGGAACUCAAUUUUUCUAGGAGGAGACAGACAUCAAACAUAGUAGGUAAAUUGUAUAGUAUGUUAGAAGGAGAGAAAUGCUCUGAAAGGCAAGUAAAUCUGUAUAAGGAGAAAGCAGAGUGCAGGGAAGGUACAUAGUUUUAUAUAAGGUAGAUAGAGUAGCCCUCCCUGAGAGGAUGCCAUUGGCGCAAGAGCAUGCAAAGCAGAGGGAUCGGCCAGUGCUAAUGCCUGGAGGUGGCAGCAUGCUUGGAAUGUUUACAGAAUCCCGAGGGCAGUGUGGCUGGAACAGAGCAAAUAAGAUGUAAAGGAACACAAACUGAGGUCAGAUGUGGCAGCAGAGUGUUCAGGAAGGGACUUGUUGGCAUUUUAAAGGCUUCUUGCCCUUUAUGCAGCAUGGGGUGUUUUGGUAGAUUUUAAGUAGAGAAGGGCCAUGAUCACUCUGGCAGCUGUUUUGAAAAUAGACAUAGAUGGGAAGGGAUGCAAGCAGAGACCAGUUAGAAGGUCACUGCCUUCAACCAGGAGAGAUUCAAUGGUGCCUCAAAGCAGGGAGGAAACAGGAGGUAUUGAGAAGUGACCGGAUGCUGGAUACAAGUUUUUUUUGUUGGUUUUGUUUUAGAGAUGGAGUCUCGCUCUGUCGCCAGGCUGGACUGCAAUCUUGGCUUAUUGUAACCUCUGCCUCCUGGGUUCAAGCGAUUCCCCUGCCUCAGCCUCCUGAGUAGCUGGGACUACAG